AUGAGAGCCACGCGGCUCCACAGCCCGGCCGAACCCGGUGACUUCAGCACACACAGGUCGAGUGAACAGAAGGGGGGUGUUACUACUGUGCGCUUCCGCCGCUCAGGGGUGACUCUCGGUUCGUCCUGCUCUCACGGCCUGCGGCGCCCCAGCUAUCUUAUCUCCGGCAUGCCGCGUCCGGGAGACUCACUCGCGCAGGACCGGACGACUUGGCCCGGGAGUUGGCUAAAAAUGGUGCAUCCGCCUCAGCGCUCCACAAUGUCGGCCAGCCUGGGGUAUCUGAUGUUCGUCACCGCGGUACAGAUUGCGAGUGGUGCUGACGAACUAAGGAACUACAUGGUGAUGGCUCCUCGUGUACUCCGCCGGGGCCUGUCGGAGCCCGUCUCGGUGCGGCUAUUCGGGGAGGCCCGAGAGGCGGCCGUGAACGUGACGGUGGAGCUACUGGCGAGCUCACGGCAUCACCGCAACCUGGUCCAGCCUCUGGGCGCUGUCUCACGUAUGGUGGCUAUCACACCAACAGGAAACACGACAACGAUGCUGUUGCCCGUCGGUCCUGCGGAGCUGCAUCGCCACAGACGCUGGGACUACAAGCUGCGGGUGACCGGGAGAACAGGGAAGGUUCAGCUGUUCGGGGAGACGCAGAUAGUCGACGUGCUCGACAAGAGCUUCUCGGCCUUCCUGGAGCUGAACAAGCAGGUGUACCAGCCGGGACAGGAAGUUUACAUCAGAGCGAUUUUUGUGGACAGGAACCUAAAGCCGGUAGAGCUGGAGAGGGUAAACAUCGUUGUUUCGGAUAUCCAUGGGUUUGAGGCAAUGUCCUGGAACAGCCUUCGGUCUCCUGAUGGUCUGAUCACGAAGUCUCUGAAGCUCGCCAAAGCCGUUCUGGAGGGAGAGUGGACGGUUACUGUGUUUGUGGACGAUGAACAGAUUCAAGAAGCGACCUUUUAUGUUCUGACACUUGAGAGACCAAAGUUUCACGUGAAAAUCAGCAUGAAGACUGGUUCCUACCUCACAACGUCCGACUCUUCUGUCAAGGGAGCCGUCUCGGCAGAAUACCGUGAUGGCCGCCCUGUGAAAGGUCGAGUGGACCUGUACAUGACCAUAUUUGGCAUCGGAGAGCACAGUUUUACAAGUCAGAUCGAAGGAAAGCAGGACUUUGACAUUCCCCUAUCCGCCGUGGGACUAAAAUGGCUGCCGCGGAAGGCGACCUUGUUGCUAGGCGCCAGGGUCACGGAGGACGUGACGUCGCGCAGCGAGAACAGCAGUUACGUCAUCAUCCCAAUGUCACGUGUCCCGCUGAAGCUGGCGUUUCUUCCCAGCAGUAACAAGUACUUCAAGCCUGGGUUACCCGUGUAUGGACAGAUCGCCGUGGUAACGCCUGACGGAAGUCCGGCAGAGCUGACUCGUGUCGUCAUUUCCGCUUUCGCUGACGGCGACCGCAUUGCCUCCAUCACCCGGAAGUCGUCACAUGGCGUCAUCUCCUACGCAUUCGACGUCCCAUUGGGAGUAGAAGAACUGCAUAUAGAGGCCACCGCCCCUAACUCCGCCCGUCCGUCCAAGUACGGCUUCGCCUUCGCGGAGGACGAGAGGACGGUCUACAUGAAGAUGUGGCACUGGAACUCCCCCAGCGCACGCGCCAUCAGGAUCGUGCCUCCCGACGACAAGCUGGGCGUGGACAGGGAGGCCGGGAUAGAGGUCCUGAGUUCACACAGGCUGGGGAAUCUCUUCAUGGAGAUAAUAUCACGAGGUCAAACAGUCCAGUCGACCACAGUACCUCUUAGAUACCUGGAACAACGGGGGAACAACACGCAUGCGCAUCUGCUGACGCUGAACGUGACCCAGGCCAUGGUUCCUGCCAGCUGGUUGGUUGUGUAUCACGUGCUCCAUGACGGCGAGAUCGUGUCAGACGCUUUGAUGCUGUAUACUGAGGAGAUGUUCCACAACAAGGUCCAUGUCCAGAUCUCCGCCCACCCGGUGCCCGGGGAGGAUGCGGGGGUUAUUGUGGAGGCGGAACCGGGGUCUGUAGUGGGGAUGACUGUGUCGGAAACCCCUGACGGAGCCCCCAAACGGACCGUGCUAAACAGCGGAAACACACUCUCUCCUGAUAUGAUGAACUUUCAUGAUAGGAAGCAGAUGCCGCGGAGGAAGAUCCAGCAGGCGGACUUCAAGGCGCUGCAGAACGAGCAUUUCAUGCCGCAGGACAAGGACUUCCUCAUCGCCGAGGCGCGCGCCCUGCAGUCCUUCAAACAUCGGACAGGGUGCGUUGUUAGAGACGGCUGGACGGAGACGCCGACCCUGGAUAGCACGGGCAUCUUUUCCUCCAUGCAAACGUUGAGAGUGGAGUGCACGGGAGAAGGUAUAUUCAAGACGACCAUCCCAGACAAGGCCGGGCGGUGGACCAUCCACGCCGUCGCCUUACACCCGGAAAUGGGGCUCGGCAUCGCUGACCCCGUGGAGUUUAUGACCCGGAAAAACUUCUCCAUCGACCUGCAUGCACCAAUCAGCGUUACCGGUGGGGAGGAGGUGGUGGUGACCGCGAGUGUGUGCAACCACGUGGAUGACCCGAUGACGGUGAUGGUGAGUUUAGCAGAGCCCGAGUCCCUGACGUUCCUGUCCCCGGACCUGUUUAAGUCCUACCCGCUUCACAUCCCGCCACAUGGGAAGGCCAACUACUCAUUCGUUGUAAACUUCCUCUCCACCGCCAGGGGGCGCAAGCGAGUGGACGUGCUGGCCACGCACAGGACUCACGCCGAGAGGAUGUCAACUGAGGUUGACGUAGUGCCUGCUGGAAUCACCAUGGGAACAACCCGGUCUGUCGUCCUCUGCCCAAGUGCUGACAAGCCAGUGAGCAGAACGCUGGAACUACUGCUGCCUCCUGACCGCGGGAACGAGGAGAUCAUCCUAACCUCCGUCGGUUAUCUGGUCGGCUCGGCGCUGAAUCACAUGGAGGAGUUCGUGCGACUGCCGGCAGACCACGGUGAGGUCCUGGCCGUCAGACUGUUCUCGGUCUCCACCGUGCUGUCCUACCUCCUGGACACGGGGCAGGUCAGCAGGCAGACCGAGGCCCGGGCUGUGGAGUACCUGGCACAAGGUUAUCAGGAGCUAAUGCGGUACCGGCAGAUGUCAGGAGCCUUCAGUAUCAUGGCGAAAAGUACAGGGAAGGAAGAUCUUAGGCUAACAGCGUUCGUCAUACGCACCCUGUCCGUCAUGCAACGCUUCGUUCCGUUAGACUCCCGUGUGAUCGCCCAGGCCGCCAAGUGGCUGCUGGGAAGGCAGAAAGACGAUGGGUCCCUCUCGGACGCCGGCAGUGCCUUCAACAGACGUCUGGAGAGUCCAGAUGCUGAGCGCGUGGUCCCUACAGCACUAGUGGUCAUCGCUUUGCUCGAGGCAAAUCUUCGGGUACAGUACGAGUCUGCGGUGUCCUUGGGCCUGGCGUACCUGAGCGGCGCGGAGCUGGACCAGCCUUACCCGGCCGCACUGACGGCGUACUGUUGGGAUGACACUGUCCACUGGGAGAGCGACAUCUCGGACCUGCCCAUACCGGCCGGGAGGGGAUGCUCCUCCCCUGCCAGGAGUGCCGCGAAUGUGGAGACUACAGCCUUCGCUGUCUUGGCUCAUGCCAUCCACCCGGAAACGGAAGCGACGUCACAGGCAGCUGUUCGCUGGUUGGCUACUCAGAUGAGUGGAUACGGUGGCUUCAGUUCGACGCAGGAUACUGCAAUAGCCUUACAGGCUCUGGCUGCCUAUGGCCUACAGGACCGUAACUUCGUCCCGACUGACGUGAGGAUCUUCGUGAGAUCCACAUCUCCCUUCCACCACCAGACCUUACAGUUCGGCGUCAGCAGCAGGGGACGGUCAGCCAUCGUCAGCAAAGUGGUUUCCUCCGAGCUACAAAUGAUUGAGGUUGAAGCUUCUGGACAAGGAUGUGCAUUAUUCCAGAUGGGUGCCAAGUACCAAAAGUUGGAGUCAGACCAAAGCUCGAGAGGCCCACUACAGAUACGUGUCACAGCCAAACCCGUGCAGAUAUACCGUAAAAAACGAGACUUGGAGAACGGAACAGCUGGCUCGGACAGCUCGGAUACAGAUCCCGACAGUGGGGCGUCUUCCAUCGCGGAGGACAAAAGAACGAACGCCACUCCGAAAGACGACGAACAUCUCGACGAUGAAGAAGGCACCAGCAGCAGGGAAAAAGAACCGGAGGAGAAUAAGAGGAAUGCUAAGAACUCGAAGAGAACAAAAGACGACGACAAACCCAAGAGAUUGAGAGAAGACGUUGACACAGACGAAGUCAAACUAACGAGAAAAAGGCACAGGAAUGGGAAGAAACACAGGUUGGGCACUGAGAAAACACAUUCUACCGAAGUUAACAGAAGUAACGAGCUUUCAGAUAGAACUAAAAACGGCAAGCCGAUUGACGAGACAGAUAUGUCUCCCAAAGAAGACGGUGGAUCAAGAAAGGAAGGCAAGAGAAACAGGAAGAAUGGCGGCAAAGGAGCCAAAAGAGACGAAGCAGAGAGAGACAAGGAGGAGAGAAUGAACGGUUCUGAAGAGGAUACGAGCCUUGAGCUGGAGACGUUGAAGGAUGGUAAGAAUACCCAGAUAAAGAAAAGGAAAGACGAAAAAAAGUUGCUCAAAGUCGACAAGUUGAAGUCCUCCGCUGACAAUGAGAGAAGUACUGAUGGCGAUGAAGACAUGAGUGCAGAUAUUGAAAAAGAAGACUCUAGCGAGAGAGAAAAAGACAGAUACCAAGAAGAGGACGUAGUCGGUUUAGACUUCCCUCCAAUCGACUUAGAAUUUCCAGUCGCGAACUGGAAUACGGAAGACAUGAAGGUUGGACAACAGAAAGAUCACGAUGAUGCCGGCAUGGACAGUACUGGUGAGAUGAUGGAAAAGGCAUUUGAUGGACCAGGAGGUAUUGAGAUGAGUCUGGAUUAUGGUGACCUCGGGUUUCCGUUUCCGGGUUAUACCGGAGAUGAUGACAGUGACGUCAGUGACGACCAUAUUUUGGCAGCUUUCUUGUCCAAGCUCAGCGAAGUUGGGUUGAGUGAAAGUAACAUAACAGCGAUGUUAGAAGAGGACGUGGACACAGACGACAGGAAGACAACUCAGCUGGAAAUGACGUCUCAGAAGCAGGUGGAGAUGCGCAGUGGAACACACCACGGAGACCAUCUGGUCAUUGAAACCUGCGUAAGAUGGGAUGAUGGGAACUGGUCCAACCCUGCUGUUCUGGAGCUGGAGGUGUUCUCAGGGUUUACAGCUGAUAUAACAUCACUACACAAGCUUAUGGCGGACAGUACACUACCCAUCAUGCAUUUCAACGUAGAGCAGAGAAAAGUUACGUUCAUUUUAUCUCAGCUGAAGUCGCAGUCCAACCUGUGCUUCGAGUUCCUCCUGAACAGACAGCAUCUAGUGGGACAUCUCCAGCCGGCAUCGGCAACAGUCUAUGACUUCUACGAACCAAGUCUGUCUGCCACGACGGUGUUUCAUCCGCCCGAUGACGUCACCACACCUAUCUGCCGGAGCGGCACCUGUCACGUGACCCAGAAAGACCGAUACGAAGGUCUGGAGUGAGCCCGCCGGUCCGGAGCGCCGACAGCUCCCGCGGGGAGGCGUCAUGAUCACUGCCGUGUGGUUCCCGACACGUCACGGGAUCGGUCUGGUACGUAGACGGGGCGACCCAGCUGACGUGCCGGGGCGGGGAGCCAGGCGGCCCGGCAUAGCGACCAGACCGUCCCCCCGGACAUCGACACGGCACCGACCAUGGCCAGUCCACCCGCCAGUGUAAAUAGUCAUCAGUAACUGUAACCGCGAAAAUAUUAUUUUUGUACGUGGAUAGUCCGGCUGCCCAUAGCACCACGCUGUCAAGCCAAAUUAGCCUCGUACCAGACUUCGGGAAGCG